UAUUUGUUCUCAAACUUUUGUACCGUCUAUCAGAGGCCGAAUUCGUGCAGCAUGUUCUAAGCAAUAUCACUGGCACAGAUCAAACGCUUCGAUCCAAGACCAAGACCAGCACACGUCGUGUUUACUCGAUAACUCCCGCGUCUGUGCGAGAUUGGAAUGACUUUUUACCUUUGGUACGCCGUAUGCCUCUGGCAACCGAGCCUCAGUACACACGUCCUAGUUUUUCGUUAGUCAGGACCUUCACAACCGAGUCGGAUUUACAAGGGAUCUUUCGCUAUGACGUUGGAUCGGUCCGAGGCCUGCCGCCAUUUACAGACACGCGCGGCUCUUUUAGAUUGACGUACGGCACUCCAGACCUGGUUUGCUCGCGCGAGGAUAACCGGUUGGCACUGUUUCCAAUUGAAAUGAAAAGACCUGUUAAGCUGCAUCUGAAUGACGACACCAGCUACUCCGUUGCCUACCUAGCACAAGGAUCAUCGUCACAGGGCCCAGUCGGUCCGCUAAAGCAGAUUUUCGGCUACAUUAGACUUAAUGGAUUUCGCUAUGGAGUUCUGUCAACCUAUACUCAAACAUGGUUUAUCAAACGAGACUCGGCACAUGGCGACGGCAUCCUAAUCUCGCCCACAAUCCACUUUGACAGGACAAACCCGACUCUACUGCAGUGUUACCUGUGGCUGAUUCGGACGGUGGAUAGUGAUACUGAAUGGCAGCCAGACAUACCCGAUGAGACCUCAGUUGAAUACAUGCUCUCGAAGGAGCAACCUGAGGAUAAGGCUACAAAACGUGACAGUGACUUUGUUCCAGAACGUGGUGGUGGUGGAAAAUGGAAGCAAGGAUUCAGAGCCUAUUUGACGCGAAGACCAAGAAGCAGGCAACAGGAUCUAUGCAAUUGGAGAGACGCACUGUUCCAGCUUUCAAGGAUAUGAGACUUAUUACAUUUGGCGAGGGUGCGCGUACGUUCCGAGCUACAUGGAUGGGCGAGGAUGUAGUGGUGAAAAAAGCCGACAUCUGGAAGCAGUCCCCAAUUGUCGAUGAGCUGGAGCACGAGGCCACGA